AUGUCGCUGCCGCCGGAGCAGCCACACGAGCGGCGGUCGCCGUCGGGGGAGAUAAAUUACAAGGGCGUGCGACAGCGCAAGUCGGGCAGUUGGGUGUCGGAGGUCCGGCUGCCCAACAGUCGCGAGCGGAUAUGGCUGGGCUCCUACUACACGCCGGAGAAGGCGGCGCGAGCGUUCGACGCGGCGUCCCUAUGCCUCCGCGGCCCCGGCGGCGCGGACGGGCUCAACUUCCCGAGCUCGCCGCCCGCUGUCCGCCGCCGCACCAGCGACCGGAAGGAGGUUCUCGCUGCCGCACUGUCGCACGCGAACCAGUCGGCAGCAACGGAGAGCCCCUCGGCUAAUGGAGGCGCGCCCAUGGAGCGUGUGCCCACCUUGCCGCCGGCCGAGCCGAAGGUAUCCCCGGAGGCGGAGAGCACCGACUGGUCGCAGCUGUUGCCGCCUAUGCCCUCGCCGAUCAGAAUGGGGAGCCAUACAUACUUGCCGGUGUCGCCAACGGCUGCGGCGGCGGAAGAUGUCGACAUGGAGGAGGAGGAGGACAGUGGCUCGUGCUAUGGACUUUGGAGCCCUAGUUUCUGGUGA